AUGAUGAUGAUGAUGCGCCGUGUGAUGUGUGUGUUGGCCGUUGUGCUGUGCUGCACCUGCGGGUAUACCAUGGCUGCUGCUGCUACUACUACUGCUGGACAACCAAAGGCGGUGAUGGCUACUUAUGUUGGUGUUGGUAGCUGGGAUGAUUUUCUUGCAAUAGGACGCUGUGAUUCUUGGAAUGGUGGUCAAAGUGAAAACACUGCUAAUGGAGUAGAUUGUGGGAAGUGGAAAAAAGAUGGAAAUCUUGAUAAGGUAAACUACAAUAUUUCUAAUUCGACGAAGGCAAAAAAUCCUGAAAAGGAGCAUGUUCCUGAACUUCCUCAACGUGCUGAAGAAUUGCGUGAAGAACAUGAUGAAACAAGUGCCGAAGAAGAUCCUCUACAUCAGACCACAUCACAAACCACGUCUACAGGCACCGUUUCAGGACAUAAAGUGCCGGUGAGCAAACCAGCAGUGACACAUCCCAGUGAUUCUGAGAGUGGUGAAGCACAACCUGGUAGGAAUGCAGAACGUGCGCCAUUAGCAUCAAGUACAUCUGCAGAACCUCCUUCUUCCCCAACAGCUCCUGAAGAUAGCAGCACAACCUCAGCAGCAUCCACUAACGAGAGUACAGAUAACAGUUUACCUGGCGAUAAUAAUACUACUCAACAACCAUCUUCUGAAGGUACGACUGCACCUAAUUCUAUUUCUGCUGCAGACUCACAGGAAACCACUAUCAAUAACGAGAGUACAGAUAACAGUGCCUCUGGCACAGACAUUGGUGCAGCUGCAAUUUCAGACUCACAAGAAACCAAUACCUCUACUAUGCCGAGCCCCGAGAGCAAUGUCAGUGAAGCACCAACCGCAACACCAUCUCUUGUACCCAAUUCAGAGAUCAGCAGCACCGCUUCCACUGUACAGAAUAAGGCUAAUGUUGACAGCAGCAGUGUCAGUCCUGUGUGGAUGCGCACUGCAGCACCGUUACUGAUUGUGGCUGUGUUGUUCUCCAUUACCGUGUACUGA